AUGGACGCAGCCCAACGCAAGUCAAUCCUGCGAGUUCUCUUCAUCUCGCUGCUGCUGGACCUCAUCUCAUUCACUUUCAUCCUGCCAUUGUUCCCGUCACUUCUGUCCUUCUAUCGAAAUCUCGAGACUCAUCCUUCAUCGACUUUAAACCAGAUCCUCCACGGCCUCAACGCAUACAAGAAAGCAUUUGGACUGCCGGUCAACGAAAAGUAUGACAUUGUAUUACUAGGAGGAGCGCUCGGUUCCUUAUUCUCCCUGCUACAAGCCAUUGCCAGCCCAAUUAUAGGGAUAGCCUCCGACAAAUAUGGACGCAGAACCGCUCUGCUCUGGAGCAUGUGCGGAAAUAUUGCCAGCGUCGCGCUUUGGUGUGUAGCAGUCGACUUCCGCACCUUUCUGCUAAGCCGAGUGGUUGGUGGACUCAGCGAGGGCAAUGUACAGCUGGCCACAGCCAUCGCCACAGACAUUAGCGACGAGAGCCAGCGUGGCUCUACCAUGGCAUUGGUCGGUGCGUGCUUCAGUGUCGCAUUCACCUUUGGUCCGGCCCUUGGUGCAGCCCUAGCCAAUGUCACAGUCGUGGCUGCAAACCCCUUCGCAACAGCAGCUGGCUUCUCCUUGUUCUUGAUCGUGGUGGAGACGCUGUACCUGUAUUUGCGAUUGCCAGAGACCAGACCUGUCGCCCCAACAGCAAAGGCCGACACCCGCAACAAGACCGGCCAAGCAAGACCGUUUGCGCACGUCAACCAGCCCUGGUUGCUCAACCUCGUCCAUUUUCUUUUCCUGCUUCCCUUCUCGGGCAUGGAGUUCUCUCUGCCAUUUCUCAUUGCCUCAGAGAUCUUUCCUGGUCACCCUUCGCCAUCCAAAAUCAACGGUCGUGUCCUAGGCCUCGUCGGACUGAUCGCUAGCUUGCUGCAAGGCUCCGUUGUUCGGAGAAUGCCGCCGUUGACCGUCGUUCGAAUGGGUGUUGUCAGUUGCGCCAUCGCAUUCUUCAUGCUGGCGCACAUACAAACCAUGUCCGGCCUGUACGGAGCAGCGGUGUUCCUUGCAGUGACGUCCGCUACAGUAGUGACCGGCCUCAACAGCUUAGGUAGCUUUGAGGCCGAGGAAGGCAAUCGAGGUGAAGUUCUGGGAGCGCUGAGGAGCUGGGGCCAGCUUGGACGAGCAAUGGGACCAGUGCUAUUCUGCAGCCUGUUCUGGUGGACUGGACGCCAGACCGCCUACACAGUUGGUGGCUCGUGUGUGCUUGGAGUUGUGGCCCUGACGUUUGGGGCUCUCAGGUCUCCUAAGACGACGGAAGUCGUUUCUAAGCCGACGAAUGGUCACGCGAUCAAAGGCGGUUCUUAG